AUCAUGUGAAUGAAUUGAAGUGUUUCACAUUUUAGUGAUUUUUGCAAAGUGUCCUAUGCCGAGAUGGGCAGAUUUUUUUUGAGGAAUGAGAACUCCUCUCAUCUGCAUCAAAAGCAGUAAGAAAACACAAUCAGCAUUGUGCAAUGAGGGCUGAAGAUAGCAGCACAUCCCAUCUGUCUGUGUGUAUUUGUUUUUACACAUCAGUGGCUUUUAGAAGGCAGAAGAAAUGGAUUGUAACAGCCGAAAGCUUGAUUAUAGCCACUGAAGAACUAACAGACAAGAUGAAAGCCUUUGUGGAGAAAUAUGAACAAAAUGCUGACGGGAAAAUAGGUAUCAUUGAGCUGGUUCAAAUACUACCUACAGAGGAAAACUUCUUGCUAUUUUUCAGGCAACAGCUGAAAUCCUGUGCAGAAUUUAUGGAGGCUUGGAGAAAUUAUGAUGCUGAUCACAGUGGAUACAUCGAAGCUGACGAACUCAAGAAUUUUUUAAAAGACCUGCUUCAGAGGGCUAAAAAACCAUAUGAUGAGAAGAAACUAGAGGAGUACACACUAACUACGCUGAAAAUAUUUGAUUCUAAUAAAGAUGGGAAAUUGUGUCUGUCAGAAAUGGCACGGCUUUUACCGGACCAGGAGAAUUUUUUACUAAAAUUUCAGGGGGUAAAAAUGGCCAGAAAAGAGUUCAACAAGAUCUUUGAGUUAUAUGAUCAGGACAGGAAUGGUUACAUGGACGAAAAUGAGCUUGACGCCCUCCUUAAAGACCUUUGUGAAAAAAAUAACAAGGUUCUUGAAGUCAGCAAAAUCCCGACGUAUAAGAGCGCCAUCAUGGCUCUGUCUGAUGGAGGCAAGCUCUACAGAACAGAGUUAGCGCUGGUGUUGUGCGCAGAGGAGAUGUGAACGGCUCCGUCUGUACUCACACCAUCCCAGAACCCCGUCCUCAGCACACCUGUGAUGCGUAAAGUAGCUAGAACCCUCUUACGUUCUUUCAUUUUGAAUAUGUAUUUCACAUAGAAAGGCAACCCAGUGGUACAUACUUUUCAAUUUGUUGUUUCUAUACUGUUUCUAAGUGUACAGAUUUUUUUAACAAUGGCACACAUACGAUACUUACAAGCUACACUCCAUACACAAACACAAUUCCUUCAACAAAAGAAGAAACCCUAACAUACUACCGUAUCCCCAUCUCAAUUCAAUACCAAAAUACCUAUUCAGUAAGUAUUGAAUAUCAUAGACAAAAGCAAUAAUGUCCUCAAAGAAUGCUUUUGGUGGGAUCGAUCGUAUAAAACUCCAAAAGACUGCAUUUACUUUUGCGAUGCAUGUUUGUAGCUGACGGCAGGCCCUGCUAGUGGGGUAUUUUUGACUGCAAGCACAUGCCAAAUGUAAUGCAUCGCCCCAGUCCUGUCUCUAAUGUUAGAUUUUGCACUGUAAAAAAGGACAUUCUCCUCUAUGCUAAACACCACAGACACUGUGUAAGAAAAUAUUAAACUUCUUGAAUGAUUACCCACA